CUAUGAGUGAGAACUGAGUGAAGCCGACCGAAAAUAACCAAAAUAACGCCGGAAAUCAAACACUUGCACCUUCAAAAUUUAAGCGCGCGCCAUUUGUUGCAUCGCAUAAAGAGGCAGACAGGAACCUGGCCGCAGGACGAUGGCGUUAACGGGGCUGCUGCUGCUGGAGUUGGGUCUGUACACCAGCUGCUUCAUCUGUGGGAUUGUUACCGCUGCAUCCAUCACCAUAGUGCAGGGUAACUUUGGAGGUCGGUGUAUGCUUUAUGGGCUUGUCAACUACAAUGCUACAGCGAGCCUCAUUGGGGUCCGCUCAUCCAGCUCCCCAUCUCUGUGCUACUUUGUGUCUGGCAUAUCCGUCAUGGUGGCCGUGGUGUGUUUCUCACUGUCUCUGUACUGGGUGUACACGUUCUGCAUCGACGGGGAAAUCAGGAGGGAGCGCAGGUGGAUGAACCUGAUUGUAGCUGUGAGCGGCGUCUUCCUGUUCUUCCUGCUCAUCACCGGGUGCAUGUUGAAGAUCGGACGCGACUCACUCUGCGACUCAGUCAUACAGAAUGUUCACAACAUCACCAGAUGUGAAGAGGCCCAGGCUCGAAAAUGGGUCAGUCCACUUGAAGGGGAAAGGUUCUACAGCAGUCUCUACAAAGCCGAGACGGCGGUGUGGGUCAACUUCUUCUUCUGGGUCAUCAUCGCCGUGCUGGUGUUCGUCCAGAAGCGUCAGAGCUCAGUGACAAAGAUCAUCGCGGGAGGGUUCGGAGGGUACGGUGGGCCGGCCGGGGGGCUGUUCGGUGACGCGGGGGUCACGGCCGCAGAGACGGAGCCAUUUUUCAACAAUCCUGCAAGACCACAGUGAGGACGGGGGUCACAGAUGACUUACAAGCACAGCAUGAUCAUGUGGGAGCAGAGUAGAGAAAGGUUAAAUACAUGUGGUGUGCGCUUUGCUUGUAUUUCAAUGAACACAUAAUAUUACCCAUGAAGCUCGUACACAUAAUAGAAGCUUUACGACGAGGAUGGGAUUCGAACCCACGCGUGCAGAGCACAAUGGAUUAGCAGUCCAUCGCCUUAACCACUCGGCCACCUCGUCAUAAGAUCAUUAUAUUUACUAAACUAUAAAAUGUGUAGAGUCUCUGAGUCUGUCUGAUGCUGCCUGACCACAUACUCCAAAGAUUUCAAAUGUCUGACUUCUGGUUUACACAGAAAUGUGUAUUUGUUGUAUUUUGUUUACAUAACAAGAAAUGUAAUUUUUUUUUUGAUGUGACUAAACACAUAUUUUUACUCAUGUUAUACAUUUUUAAAGCAUAAAGGCACAACGAGUAGGAUUUGUCGGUCGAGGUUUGUAAAGUUGGCCAAUCCCAGAUUCACUCUCACUCUGGAGCGUGUUCGGCUGGCGUUUCGCCUCGCUAUGUUUCCAUUUGUUCUGUGAUGUGUCCGCCAUUUUCGUAGCUUCCUCUUGGAUGCAUGCUUACGAUCUGGCACCUGGUCGCUACGUUUGAUGCCCAGAAACGUCCCGAACACGGCAAUACAUCUGCUGAUACACUGACGAGUCCAGUGGUUCAAAGUGAACAUCCAUCUCUUUGUGCCUUUAAAAUAACAUUUGAAAUGUUUGUAUAUUGAGUUUCUAUUAUGUGCCACCAGUUUCUUUUCUGUAUGUUGUCUUUAUUCUUUAUUUAUGAUUUAAUUAUGUCAUUUCACAUUAAAGCCAAAGGUUUGUCCUGAAA